AUGUCACUCAGGGGAGUGUCAUUGAAGCACUUGGGACUAGUGUUUUUGAUUCUUCUUAUGACCAGUUUGCAAGCAAAGGCUAAACCACUAAGAAAGAGAACAAUAAGUGAAGUGCAGCUCAUGCAUAACGUUCAGGAGCACAAACAGGUGGGAGAGCGACAGGAGUGGCUCCAGGAGAAGCUGAAGGACAUCAUUGUUACAAGUGUCAGACCUCAACCUCUUCCACAGGCUACACGGUUUGCCGACAGUUUUGAUUAUGGACAGUAA